AUGCCCUCUCUCGUUGAAUCCCCAUCCACCUCGUCCCCCGCCAGCUCGGCAACUUCCAAACUCUCCGCCUUCCCCGACGGCCUCAAAACAUCUGGCCAACACCCUCCCACUCCCAGCUUAGUCCGCGCAUACGCCGACUUCCCCAAAGAAAUCACGGGGCCUACAGUCUGGAAACCAGAAACAUACACCGACCAUCCCGAGCGAUGGACGCACCGAUUCACGCCCGCAGAGAUCGACGAGAUCAGCGCUGCGGCGGAUGCGUUUAUUGCGGCCGAUACGCCUUUGACGGGUAUAACCAAGGCGUUGUUCCCUCUUCCCACACUGACGGCGCGUAUGGAGGAGUUGAGAAAGGAUCUUAUCGAUGGGAAGGGGUUUUUCCUGUUUCGGGGAUUGCCGGUUCGGCAGUGGGAUUUGAGGAAGAAUGCUACCGUGUAUAUGGGACUGGGGACGUAUUUGGGGUAUUUUGUCAGUCAGAAUGGUCGAGGCCAUGUUUUGGGCCAUGUUAAGGAUCUAGGCGAGGAUCCGACCAAGACUGAUCGUGUGAGGAUUUACCGGACCAACGCUAAACAAUUCUUCCACACCGACGGCGCAGAUCUCGUCGGUCUGCUCUGCAUCGCCAAAUCGCUCUCUGGAGGCGAGUCAGACAUCGCAUCUACGCAUCAUGUCUUCAACAUCCUCCAACAAACCCACCCCGACGUGAUCGAAACAAUGGCCACACCAAACUGGUACUUUGACCGCAAGGGCGAGGUCAGUGAAGGCACAGAGCAGUGGAUAAAAGGAGCCAUUCUGUACCUUGAAAACGACCCAAAGAGCCAACGCGUCUACGCCAAAUUCGACCCUAACAACGUCACUUCUCUAGCGAGGUACAACACCGGUCCGGACGCUGUGAUCCCACCACUGUCGGACAAGCAGAAAUAUGCGAUGAAGGUGUGGGAUGAGACGUGUGCUUCGGUGGCGCUGCAUAUGGUUCUCGCGCCGGGGGAUAUUCAAUUCGUGAGUAAUGCGCAUGUGUUUCACUCUCGCACUGCGUAUCAGGAUCACCCCCCUGGUGCGGUCGAUGAGGAUGGGAAGCCUGCUGUGCGACGCCAUCUGAUGAGACUUUGGCUGGCGGCGCCGGAGAGCGAGGGAGGAUGGAAGUUGCCGUUUUUCGAUAGCAAGGAGAAGAAGAGGGGUGGCAUUCAGGUUAAUGAUACGCCGCCUGUUUGCCCAUUGGAUGCGGAGUAAUCUGAGUAUAUAUUCAUUGUGUUAUAUUAUCUAUCAAAUGGAAAUGUCGGUAGCCAUGACUCGCCCUGACUGUGAAUUCCCCCCGCCCAUGGCAGUAAACCAGCUUCAAUGCCCGAUCCAACAGCUGUAUCAGCUGGUUGCCACGCCCAGCCUAGAUCCGACAUGAACAGUGUCUGCAAUUCGUCCAGAUUCGCCUGAUCAACAGAAACAGCAUUAUCCUGCGUAUCAGUACGAGGUGUCCGCCCUAGAUCACCACUCCGAUUCUGUAUAUGUAUACUCGGCGUAUUCU